AUGGCGACCCCCCAACAACCCGGUCCUGCUUCUCCCCGCCGGAGUCGUGGAUUCAGCGUCAAGUCCGACAAUUCCCAUCGCACCAGUACCUCCGGCCACAAAAGCCAGAAGAGCCAUUCUUCCGAGACUCACGAGGAAAAAGAGCGCCGCAAUCUUCACACCAAGGCAGAUCCCCUCGUCGCCAUGAACGAGUUGCAGCCCAUGGCUGUUGCGCUGGAGAAGUCCAAUCUUGGCUCUCUGCGUGAUAUGCAGCACAAAGACCAGUACGGUAACAUCAUCAGUAUGCUAUUCCCGUCCCCUUUGCCAACCCCAGAUCCCCUGUCUCAACAUUCCCCAAAUCCACUUCCUCCCACGUUUACUGCUCCGCCUAACCCUUGCAUCUACGUUAUAGCUGAUCCCGACUGGUCCAACCCCACUCGUCCCCGAUCCGAGCGACCGCUGGAUACAAUUCGAUCCUUCGAGGCAGCCAUUUACGGCACGUACAACAACACCCGGGGCUCUUAUGCUCGUACAGAAGAUGCAGCCUCCCAGAUGGGCGACUUUAGCCGUCGAACCAGCUACUACGGAGGUGGAUACGGUCGAGGCCACGAGCAGAGCAACUACUAUGGAAGACAGUCGCAUUCGCGCCCGGACAGCUUCAUCGACGCCUACCAGGGUGCUAACCAGCAGGAGAACUACUAUCCCUACAACCAGCAGUCUACCAACCGCCGCCCUCGCCCCGCUCCGCGGAUGCCCCCCGACCAAAGCGGCCACCAGCAGCACAACCAUCAGCGCUCCUAUGACAAUGUCACCGCGAUGUCGGGUUCGGGAACGGGCUCCGGCUACACGGAAUCAUACGGCCACUCGACAGACCCUAGCUCGAUGAACAGCUCGAUGGAUCAGCUCCAGCAGCAUGCCCUGCAACAGCAACAGCAGCAGCGUUUGGACGAGCGCGCCCAGGAAUAUGGAUUCCAGUUUGGCACCGCACCGAACCUUAACACCAAGGGUCUUCCUUCAGCUCCAGCCCCUGUUGCCAGCUCGACCAGCCCGAUGAGUGGUGCGCAGCAGCAGCAGCAGCAGCAGCAGCCUGCGCAAGCUCACUAUGCGAAGCCUGCGAAUACGAUCCGCAAGGGUGCAAACCAGGAGAACCGCAAGAGCUGGUUCAAGCGCCGCUUUAGCAAGGACUAA